AUGACAACUACAGUAAGAGCGUACAAGGGACUGAUGACCAAAAGAAGCCAAGUCGCUCUGGCAUGGUUGGAAGAAUCCACACAGCGUCUUCAACACCUGAAGGAAGAAAGCACACAACAAGAACAAGUCAAGGAAUUCACAAUGACUGUGGCGAGGUGCGACGAGUAUCUGGAACUUCUCGAAGCAUCCUUAACCAAACUCACGGAAGCUUUCGAUAAACUUCAGGAUACCACAGGCGAAGAAGAAGAUCAGUUAGACAAGCACGCGGAGAUUGCUCAAGAGACUAUCAUGAAGAACGAAGGCAAAACUAUACACAAGGCAUGGCGGGAGUUUCUGAACUUUAAAGAAGAUGUCAAACGACAGCAGCAAGAAAUUCUAGACUCGAUACAAAAGAUGAGCCAGUACUUCGAAACCUUCAAAGCAUGGGGUAUGAAGAAUGGAACCGACGCCAUCCAACAAGAGAUCCAAGAGGAGGAUCAGAAGGCACAAAGGAGAACUGCUCUCGCAAAACAUUCAUCAAAACUGGCUAUGAAGGAAAAAGCGGAAGUGCAAAGGCGAUACAGGACGCAAAGCAGUAGUGAAAAAAGGCGAAGGAACAUCCAACCGGCUCCUACACUAUCACAAAAACAAGAAGAAAGCAAAAGAAGUAAUGCCAAAUGCAAGAGAAAGCACACACUAAAAGGAAGUUUUUCCUACGAUGAAGAAGGAAAACAAAAGAACAUCGCACAACGUCAACGACAGAUGAGGAAAAUUGAGCAGAAUCUGGAUCAUUUCUCCUGCACAGGAAGACGCUCUGACGUGAAUGUGAACUGCCAUGGAACUCGAAAACAGCAUAUAGAUGCCUGCUUGAAUUUGCGUAGUGACACAAGAAGAAUCGACGUUCAGCACGGAAGCAAACUUUGCCGAUGUGUCGCAGUCCGUCACACUGAGGACCACACAGAAGAAGCUUCAUGUUUCUAUCGUAGAAACACCAAAAGUGACGCUGUCAUACUUAACCACCAUGCUAUCUGCGGGUUGCUUGAAGAAAUUGCCCACAAGCAACGAAAACUUAUGCGUCAGGCGAAGAAGGUCAAGGACAACAUGAAAAUAAUUUCCAAACGCACACUACUGUGGGACGAGAAGAAAGGAGUGGCGUGGAGUGCGAAGAAAGGAAGACUAAAGGCAAACAGUGCAUUUCAGACCCAGUCAAUCUGA